UGCGUGACCCUUGCUCUGGGGGCGGGGGGUGGAUGGCGUUGUUGCAGGCAGUGGGGGCAGCAAUCUGUCUUCUGUAUCUGUCUGCUCAGCAGCAGCUUUGGGGCUGAACCUGAAUUAAUGCCCAAGACACCGUCGCAGCGGAGACGUCCCAGGAAAAGGCAGUCCUCCUGCCUGAAAGAUGACAAUAAGGAGCCAAACAGGAGGAGGUUGUCCAGAAGAAGAAGCAGCAUCAAGCCAGUGUCUUCCACGUCAAGUUCCCAAAGGCGCCACAGCAAAGAGCAUCUCCAGCCCCGUGGCUGUCAGGGGGAGGAGGUGUCCGUGCCCAACUGUGCGGCGAGGUCUCAAGCCCAGCUCCCAGCACUGACUGGGAAACUGCCGGCAGAAGCACAGGGUCCUGCGGCCAAGGUGGAUUCUGGGGGUGCCCGUGGCAGUGACCCAGCCUGCGAGGCUGUUACUGGGGAGCAGCUGCCCCGGGGGGAUGCAACCACUGGGCUGCAUGGUGCGUCUUCUGUCGCUGCGAUCCCUGAUGGCCAGACAGCACAGGAGGGGGAGGAGGCCCCUGAAAGAAGAGUGAGUACCUCCACUCCCAAGGCUGCUGGAAAUGGAGAUCCUGCCAUGCUGCAAGGAGCCUGGGCUCCUCAGGGCCUCGAAAAGGUGCUUUUCCAGGACUCUGACAGCCAGAUGACUCCAGUGAGAUCCAAAACACGCCGUUGCUCUGGGCGCCGAAGCUUUGUGGGUGGCCUCCACAAGAGCCGUAGGUCCUCCCUGGCAGAAAAAUAUUCCCUGUCCAGCAAAAGAGAGAGCAUGAUCCGGAGGUCCAUCAGCAGGGCCAUUUCAAAGAAGGCAGCAGCACGAGAAUCAUCCUCUGCCUCCAGCAGAGUGAGCUGUCAAAGCUCCUUGGAGGUUUUUGUGGAAGAAGAUGUGACCAGCAGCAUGAGACCUGGACUGGAGCUGAAUCCCCCAGGUGAAAAGACUCCUGAAGACGUCCUCAUUUCAAGCAAAAGUGUACAAGCUGCCAGCCCUCCUGCACAGCACUUGCCUCCUCCUGAGCAGCAGGCAGGGAACAGUGAAGGAAGCUGUGUAAAUCCAAACAGCGAACGCCAGAAUCAGAACCAGGAACAACCACCCUGUGCCAAGUCCCAGGAGAAUCCCUCACGUGUCUGGACCAGAAGCUAUAAACAAGCAAUGAGUGUUGUAUGGAAUGGGCAGCAGCUGGGGGGUCAAACCCUUUCCCCUUUGGAUGACAAGCACAAGAACUCAGCAAACCAGACUCCACCUUCUUCCUCUCCAGCUAGCAAGGUUGUUAGACCGUUGAAGAACUUCCUGCAGGCUGUGCAGCGAAACCAGCUGCUUAUGAGCCCAGGGCCCACGGGGCAUGGGGGUGUCAUGAAGAACUUCAUCAAACGCAAUACUCCCACCCGACCCGCUCUUAAGGGAGACUUUGUUGAGAAGGAGCGGCAGAGACUGGAAAGCCUCAGGAAGAAGCAGGAGGCUGAGGAACAGAGGAGAAAGAAAGUGGAGGAGGAAAAGAGACGGCGGCAAGCAGAAAUGAAGCAGUGAGUUGGGAUUUUUUUUUGGAAGGCACUGCAGGCUCGGGAGCGGGUGGAACAAAUGGAAGAAGAGAAGAAAAAGCGGAUGGAGCAGAAGAUUUUACAGAAUGAUGAGAAGGUUCGCCUCUCGCAAGUGCGGGAAGAGAAAGCGGCAGAGGAGCGGAGCAAAAAAAAAUUGUCGAGGAAGCCCGGGGAAGCUGAUGCGUGGAAGCAGAAAGCACCAAGUGUGGAGGAAGAUGAAUUUGAGCAGCAAGAACCACUGCAGAAAAGAAGAGAGGAUGAAAUGAAAGAAAAAGGAAAGAAAGUCUUGGAACUGAAAAAGCUUGUAGAGCAGCAACAGGUGGAACAAGUGAAGGAGAGGGGUCACAAACAGCGAGGGAAAUAGAAGGGCCCCCAGUCACCGCUGGAGUCAGCAGUGUUUACUGAAAAAAACAUAAAGGAGGAAGAUGGUCUGCAGGAGCCUCAGCAGCAGCUGGGGGAGGAGAAGAAAAUCGAGCAUGCAGAAGCAUUGACUGCUGCCUCCUGCACAUGGCUGAGCAAAACUGUAAAGAAAUCCAUCCCCACAUCCUACUUGGGGAUCCCGAAGGGCACAGAGGAAUCCAGAUCCCCCCAGGUAAACGAAAAUAACUAUGGGAUGGAUUUGAACAGCGAUGACUCCACAGAUGAUGAGAAUGAACCUCGGAAGCCUGUCCCUGCCUGGGCUGAUGGGUCUCAGCUUAAUCAAGCCAUUUUACACCAAUACUAUCACCCGGUGAACGUUGACCAACUCUUUGGGCUAAUUCCAAGCCCAAAGCUGGAGGAUAUUUUUGGCAAGAGCAAACCUCGGUACUUCAAGCGCACGAGCUCAGCAGUUUGGCAUUCACCACCUGGGGCCAAAUCUGCCUGUGGCCCAUCUUGCAACUUCAAAAACUGA